AUGAGUCUCUUCCAGAAGGGACUCAGCGCCCACGCGACUGCGUUUGCGACCAGACCGCGACCGAUUACUCCAAGAGUCCAAUCUCCGCUACGGCGAGUGCGACAGCCACGCCGGCACAAUUCCUCGCACUCCAAACCCGAACCAGCCGCGGAGGGGAAGAUCGUUGAAGAUGGAUUACCAAUGAACAAUACUACAACUGGGAAUUCCUCUCAGUCUACUUCUCCUUCUUCGUCCUCGUCACAAUCGUUCUCAGUUACACCCCCGGCCCAACCCGUCAACACUGCUGCUGGUGCGGCCGGUGCAGCGACUUCACCAGCUACAGCGACUGCAGUGACGAGAAGAGGAUUGCGCGAUGUUAUUAGUGCGGGCCCGCUGGGACGGUUCGGGAGGUGGUACUCUCGUGUGCAGGAGCGCAAACCCUACUCGACGCAGUUGUACAAUCCGCCUCCGUCAGCGAAAGGUGAGCAGGAUGCGUCCAAGGACGAGGAUGACAAGGAGGAGCGACAUGGUGGAUAUGAUCCAUGGCGAACGGUGCGCCACUUAAUUGUUGGAACGGGAUCUAGUAUCCCGUCAUAUAACUGGUUCAUGUUUCUCCAUAAUCACUUCAACUACUCGUCCAAAAUCCUCUCGGUCUUGACCAAGGUUAUCGUGCAGCAGGCAUGCUUCACGCCGGUUUUCAACACAUACUUUUUCAGCAUGCAUUCCCUUCUGGCUGGUGCAUCUUUAGAAGAAACCUGGGAGCGCCUGAAGAAAGCUCUCCCCGUCAGUAUCACUAACAGCGUGAAGCUUUGGCCGGCCGUGACGGCAUUCAGCUUCAUGUACGUGCCGGCGCAGUUCCGCAAUGUUUUCUCCGGAGUCAUUGCAGUCGGCUGGCAGACUUACUUGAGUUGGUUGAAUCAAAAGGCUGCGCGCGAGGUUCUGGCGGCUGAACUGGCGGCUACGGAGAGCAUGUCCUGCCCACUGCAAGGAUCGCAGCCUGAUACUCCAGACUCCAGUGACUACGGAUCUGACUUCACGCCCGACGAAGAGGAGCUGCUGAACGAGCUGCUCUCGAGAGCCGUCGCGGAACCUGCUACUGUCGCCACUCCUACUCCCACAUCGAACUCUAUCUUCUCAGUAAUCGAAGACUCACUUACAGUCUCUACGCCUGAGCCCACUGAUAUCGAACCCCUACAAACGGCUAUCCUCGCGGCGCUCGUCGCGGACAUUGAAGAUGGCGUUGAGGGUCCCCGUGGCGUCCGAGUGCCUAAAGUGCUGGGCCGGGAAUCGCCUCGUUCGCCGUGGAAACAAUCAAAUGAGCGGCCGUGGACUAGAUCUACGUCCAAUGUUAUGGCUGGGAGGUCAAGCCAGGAAGCAAUCCACAGGUACAAUCCGUCUGUGGAGCAUCCUAGUUCAAAGGAAGGUAGAGAACGGGAAAGAGAGCGUAUGGCAACGCGUGAGCGUGAAUGGACACAGAAUGAGCAGGCGGCUGCUACGGUAGAUCCUCGAUCACCUGUAGAGCGAUUCCGACGACCGCCUCACAAGGCUUUCUCCGUGACGGAUCUCGUUUCGCCUGCAUGGUGUGAAUUACAAUAUUGGUAUACCUUGACCAAGCAUGGGAGGAAGAGGAGGACCUCUGCUAUGAAGAAGGGAAGUGUCGUGCACAAGACUCUCGAAGAUGAGAUACAUACGACUAUACCUGUGGACAUUACUACCAAGGAGGAUGCUUGGGCGCUGAGGAUAUGGAAUGUGAUCCAGGGACUACGCAUGCUGCGUGAGUUUGGCGUCACCCGCGAGUUGGAGAUUUGGGGCCUGGUCGAUGGGGAGUUGGUCAAUGGGGUUAUUGAUCAACUUUCAUAUGAAUGCCCCGAAUCGGAGCUCGAAGCCACAGCGUCCAAUUACUAUUCAGAAGCGGCCACAUCGCGGGCUGCUUUGCCGAAGUAUCAGAUGUCCCUUUCUGACUACUUACUGUCUUCCUCACAGGGUGGAAAAAGACUUUCGGACUUAGGACGAGAAGAAUCUAUGGUUCACGCACCGGCUGAAGAAUCAUCGCCAGCCGUCUAUAAUUUGCCCAGGAUCUAUAUGACUGACGUCAAGACUAAAGCGAGUGGCUCGGUUCCUUCGGUUAAGAGCACAUCUUUCCGUCCCACUCUUCUUCAAUUACAGCUCUAUUACCACAUGCUGAAUCGCCUUAUCACGAGCGACGAUGUUACAAUGGACUUGCUUGCAGCACGCUAUGAUCUGGAUCAAGAACGGCCUUUCACUGAAGCUUUCAUAUCUGAAGUCGGAGGGCUCAAUGACGAAUUCUUCGACACAAUGUCUUCUCAGAAAUUUGACAUUGAUAGCCCUCCUACCCCAGAAGAUGCAAGAAGAAUUGCUCAAGGCUCCGAGAUUGGCUCAAGUCUUCAAAAGUCUAGCCAGGGCUCAACUAGCAUUCUCGCGACCCAUAGUACUCUGUCCAGUCUCUGGGGCUACAUGAAAGACCAAAUCCGUCUCACGUUUCUUCCAUCGACCCCACAAACGGAGCCCGUGGCCCCGUCUAUCCCCUCGCAUACCCAGCCAGAAUUACUCGCAGAAUAUCCGACGCUCUUAUCGCCAGUCUUAACGGCUCGGUAUCUGUCCUCGGCUCCCACUGCGGAUCUCGAGCGGCGGGUUCUGGGCAGCAGGUCCUUCCUCUAUGAUCCUGCGACUAUGACAUCCUAUAUAGAUGAUCAGAUGGAGUGGUGGCGUGGCUCGCGUGACCCUCGCGGCGUCAACAUUAUGGAUGCAUGGAAAUGUCGAAUCUGCGAGUUUCGCGACGAAUGCUCCUGGCGCCAGGAACGGGAGUUGGACUACGCCAGACGCAACAGCAGACGAGCUUCUGCAUUUGCUGCCUGA